UUAACUGGCCCUUUGGCAAGUGUUAGUGUUGUUACUGGCUUUUUGGAAGUGUCGAGUCGGAACCUGGAAGACGAAUUUCGAUAUAACUUCACGAAAAAUGAAAGUGAAAUAAUCCAAUUAAUCGAACGAAAAGAACAAGAAAAACUCUAA